AUGUAAUAACAUGUGGAUCCAUCAACUUAAAUUCUUAAGCUCAUUACUAUUCUAAACUAGAAAGGAUAGGAAGUUGUAGAUAAAAAACCUGCCAUUUUUAACGAGAUAAUCAAAAUCACAAAAUAGGUAAUUGAAGGAAAAUAAGAUUCUUAACAAAUUCAGAGACUUCAAUAGGAUGAUUUCAUUUUGUGGGCUCGCAAUCAGUUAUAAGAUAAUAAAGCUUAAAUUCGAUAAUAUGCAAUCAAGUUUUUGAGAUACCUCAUUACAGAUCAAAAGAUUCUUGGAAUAUACCGACAAAAAGGAGUACAUUAUUUCAUUGCUCGUUCAUUACAAAGAGAUUGUAAACAACCAACGAAGAACGAUAGCACAAGCAGAUAAUAGCAAUAGCCAUAAUACAUUUAGUAAGAAGUUCUAUAAGCAUUGAAAUUCUCAAAUAAAUGGUUGGAAAAAUUGGGUGGGUGCUAAAAUCAAAAUUUAACAACAACAAGCAAAUUCCCAAAAAUUUUAGGGAAUGCUCUUGUAGCAUUGGCAGAAUCCUGUGAAGAAUCGCUUAAAAGUUAUGCUAUAAUAACAUUAAGAGCUUUUGCACUAAAUGCACCAGAAAUGUGUAGUUGGUGUGGAGGCAUAAGAAUAUUGAUUGAAAAUGCAAUGGAACCAAACCUAUCUAGAAUAUCUGACUAAAUUGUAUGGACUCUAUUGUAUUUAUUAAAUGAGCCUUCCGCUCGAACCACAAUAAGAAUGUAUUUAGAUUUAUCAAAAUGGUUUUCAAUUUUUACUGAAAUAGAUCCCCCCAUUGAUCAAGCAAAAAAUGAUAAAAAUAGAACUACAAACAAUAAUUUUGAAGCAAAUUUGCAAUUGGCAAAAAAAGCAAUAAUAACAGUGCUCAAAUCAUGGCAAGGUCUAAUUUAUUUAGGAGAUGAAAGACAAGCUCUAAAGUCAUUAAUAUAAGUAUUAAGACAACCAAUCAAACCAGCAAUCAGAAAUUCUAUUUAUGAUAUUUUGAAAUCAUUAUUAUAAUUAGGAAAUAAAGAGAACGUUGGAGUUAGUGUAGUCAACAGAUAACAAUAAUAAGAUGGAUUUAUUGGAGAGUAUAAAAUCAAUAAUUUACUCAAUAAUUAUUUAGUUAUGUUAGUAUAGGUUCUAUUGGAUUGUGAUUUAUUCAAAAUUUUGGUUGAAUUAAGUGGAUUACCAGAUUAAGAUGUAUCAGGUCCAGCAUAAAGAUUUUUAAAAGAAUUAUCCUCUUUGAUGUUUAAUUUAAUUCCAGAUUGCCACAAAUAUACGGAUUUUUUAAUUGCUGCUGCUAAUUAAAAUGAUCCCUUUUUAUAAGAUUUAAAAUCAUGGUCAUCUGAAAUUGUUAAUACUAUGGGUAAUUAUGCUUUUGAUAAUACAAACAAGAAAGGAAGGAAUUAGAUUUCAAAAUUCUUGUAUUAAUGUGAAAGCUUAUAUUUGACUACACAAUUAGGAUUACCAACACAUAAGAUUAAUAAUGAAACGGUUGGAAUCAUUCGUGGGUAAAUUGAAUAAGAGGCUGAUUAAAAUAAAUUUGAAACUUUAUUAAGUAAGUCUUAUGUCUUAGAGAAAAAAGAAGACAACUCAAAGUGGAAUUGGAAUUAUAUAUUGGACUUAUUGGAAAAUUACUUAUAUGAUGAAAGUAGAUAUUAAGAAACAAUUAAGAAUAGGUUUUUAAAAAAUCUUCUAACCUACUACUUUCCAUCAAAUAUGCAAUUUUGUAAAAUGGAUUGGAAACCAGAUUUUAUCCAAGCCAAGUGCGGUUAUUUAUUAUUAAAAUUGUUGCUUAGAGAUAAAGUUGGAAGAGAAAUUAUUUCAUCAACUACAGGAGGAUAUUUGGGAAUAGCUAAAAGCUACAUAUAAGAUUUAAUUAGUUUAUUGAAAGCUGACAACUCAAUAAUCGUAGGUUUGAAGUCCUCUGUUGAUUAAAAUGCUUAAAGACACGCAGCCUAAUACUUAUUGAAUCCUGAAUAAUAUUCACAGAAGAUGAUUCGAGAAUACAUCUCUUGGAUUGGUCUCUUUUCCUGUUCAAAAAGUGGAUAAACUAUUCUGGAAAAUACUGGGAUAUUUGCAAUAUUAAAAGACUAUAUUUUAGAAAGCGGAAUUAGAGAUCAUGUUCUCAUACAUUUAAUUCACUCAUUCGAUUAUGGAAAGCAAUCUUAGGCCAGGGUCUUUUUUAGUAAUUGCUUAGAAGAUGGAUCGAACACUCUUAUCAAAGCAUGUCUUGAUUUCAUUAGAUUACUAUACAGAAGCGAAUUACAUGAUUUUAAUAUUUGGGCUAUUGAUUUGUUGAUAAAUUGCUUAAAAAAAACCGAUGAUAUAGGUCUAAAAGCCUUAUCAGUGAUUGAAGAAGUGACUUAAGAUAUAGAAAAUGCAAACAGAUUUUUAGAAAAAGUAGACAUUCAUCGAUUAUUACAAUUGUGUUAGAAAUGUGAAAGUCAACUGAUAAUUAUGCUUUUAUCUCAUAAAAAAGGAUUUGAAAAAAUAUAUAAAGAUUUAAAUGAAUAUUUGUUAAACGAAAUAGAAAGGUGGAAAUAAAGUGAAUGUGAAAAUUAUAUUGAGAAGGUUGAAAAAGUGAUGUGUGAUGCCUUAGAAUUUGUAUCAUCUGAAGAAUAGCAAUAUCUAUUCAAAUUUCCUUUAUUAUAAAAUAAUAAUGAAAAUCCAAACGCAUCUAUUGGUUUUGUUUAUAAGAUGCCCUGGAGUAUGCUUUUGAACUGUGAGCUUGGUAGUGAAGGAAACGAUCUCGUUUACUUGAAUGUAACAAUUGAUUAUCCUGGAACUACAAAUUUAUUUAUAUUGGUUGGAAAGAGUGAUCGAUUUAUUUAAUUUCAUAGUAACAAUCCUUUUGUUCUUAAACUUCAAAUAAACGUUGGCAAGAUAUUUGUAGACUAAUCAUUUAAAGAAGUUACAGAACCAUAUUUAAUAAGAUGCGAUGCAAAUGAUAAAAGAAAUAAAUCAUACGUAAAAGAUAAUUAAUUGAUAAUCGAAAAGAAUGGAAUUUUGUUCGUAUUUGAUUGUAUUUUAUUUAAUAAUUACUUAGAAUUUGACUCAAAUUUGAGAUUGAAUCAUAUAAAAGUGUAUGUUAGAUUAGGAGAAACAAAAAAUAAUACUAUUAAGAUGCCUGCACAUAUAUUUGGGGAGCUAGCAUUUACAGAGGCAGGUUUCAAUUUGUUAAGGAAUUAUAUUGACUAUUUUGUUUAAUCAAUUAGAAGUACUGAUGUGGCAUUCCAAUAAAAACGAUCAGCCCUUUGGGCUAUUGGACAUAUUGGAUAAAGCAAAUAUGGAAUUAGAUUGAUUAGAGAAUUAGGGCUAAUUUAAGACCUUGUCAAAAUGGCAGAAUAAUACCCAGUAUUAUCUCUUCGAGGCACUUGUCUUUAUACCCUCAAUUUAAUUUGCACAACUAGUAUGGGAAGAAAGGAAUUAGAAAAGUUUCAAUGGAUCUCCCAUCUAAAUUGCAAUUCAGGUUGGUUAUGUAUUCCAAAAAAUAUCUAUCAAUUCUUCUAUAUAAGGGUAUCAUUGUAGGAAAGUCAUAGAUGCUAUUGGGCUUUGUAAGAAGACAUUUGGGAUAAAUAUUCCAAAUUCUAAUCCUAUUUCAAGAUGAAUUAAACUCAAAAGAAAAUUAUUGAUACAAUCUCUUUGAUGAGCAAUUCAAUCACUUAUAAAGAAGCUGAUAAAGAGUUAAGCAGUUUGAAAAAUUCAAAACCUGAGUGCUUCUAAGAUGUUGAUCUAUUCCAUUUAAUAUUGAUGAUGAUAACAUUUUAUUAAUUCUCAGCUUAGGCUAAGAAUAGAAUUUUUAGUAAUUUUGACAAGAUUUUCACGUAUUAAACGAUCAACAUCAUAAUUGAGCAUCCAAUCUAUUAAUAAUUAUCAUGUCAAGAACCAAUAAUUAUAUGA